AUGACGCUUCAACAAUUUUAUAAUAACCUAGACAAGGAGGUUAGAUACUGGAUAAGGGACAAGAAACCCAAAACUAUAGAAGAGGCAGCUAAACUGGCGGAUGAGUACCAAGACACCAGAAGAGUGGAGCCGAGUGAGCUGAGAGUAAAUCCUAAACCAUUUGGUCCAGCACCCUCUUACACUCCUGCCCCCAAGCCGGCUCCGUAUCAAAACCCACCAGCUCCCAGAUAUGCACCCAGGCUUUGUCAUGGAUGUAACCAGCCUGGACACAUAAAGCAGCAUUGCCCCAACCGCAGCCGAGGGGGAUCCACAACACCACCACCUUACCGUGGCAGUGCACACUGCUACCAACAAGACACUACUCCCGAGCAUCAUGAAAAACAAUGGACCACGUUGUACGAGGCGAAUACAGAACAAACCAUGGAUGACAACCGCAACCAUCACCGACAGUGGGUCACCGUUGACAGAAUGGAGGCCGAAGCCCUGAGAGACACGGUGGCCACCAUCACGCUGAUCCAACCUCACAAGAUCAGGGCGCAAGCCCGCACUAACAGAACCAUGGCAGUUCCAGUUGCAGGGGGAGCCAUCCAUAAACUCGCCACCGCUAAAGUCCUGCUCAACUGGGUUACGGGGAGCAAACAUUUUAAGGUUGGCAUCAUGCAAACUUUGCCAGCUGAAGUACUUUUGGGCAACGAUGUGGUGUGUCUCAAGUCCCACUUAAACAACCAGUCAGCUGCGGAGAGUUACCCGGUUACCACCCGAGCACAAGCUCAGAGGAGAGAAUCUGCACACCCGGAGGAACCUCAGACAAAUCUGACUGCGGUCACAGAGUUUCUCCUCUUAGGAUUUGAAGGCAGCCAACUUUUGAGAAAUCUUCUAUUUCUUCUGUUCCUUCUUGUUUUUGUUGCCACGAUAUGUGGGAAUCUCCUGAUCAUCACCCUUGUGUCGACCACCAAGAACCUCCAGACUCCAAUGUACUUUUUCAUCUCACAACUGUCCAUCAAUGACAUCUUAUUGAUCACAAAUAUUGUCCCCAACCUGCUCCACAUCCUACUGAAUAAUGGAGAAACCAUCAGUGUUAUUGGUUGUAUGACUCAGCUUUAUUUUUUUGCUGCCACUGAUGGAUUUGAAUGUCUUCUUCUCGCUGUGAUGUCUUAUGACAGAUAUGUGGCCAUCUGUAAUCCCCUCCGUUACUCCUCUAUCAUGACUAAUAGAUUUUGUGUUAUAUCACUUGUUAUGUGUUGGUUGUUGAGUAGUUUUGAAUCAGUCAUUGUCACUGUUACACUAUCCAAGCAAAAUUUUUGUGGACCAAAUAUAAUUGACCAUUUAUUCUGUGACAUUUUCCCCUUACUAGAACUUUCCUGUUCUGACACCUUUAUUGUUCAUUUGGAGAUUUAUGUGAUGGGAAGUCCAAAUGUAAUAAGCCCAACCGCAAUCAUUGUAGUGUCUUAUACUUAUAUUGUGAUAUCAGUGUUAAGGAUCCCAUCCAGUACUGGUAGACAGAAAGCCUUCUCCACCUGUAGCUCCCACCUCAUUGUGGUCUCCAUAUUUUACUGGUCUAUUUCCAUUGUCUAUGUUCUUCCAUCAAGAGGACAAACAUCAGAUGCUAAUAAGAUCUUCUCUCUGCUAUAUACUGUAUUUACUCCACUGAUUAACCCCAUUAUAUACAGUCUGAGGAAUAAAGACAUUAAGAAGGCCAUACAGAAAGUAUUCCAUAAACAUGUCAUGUACUAA